AUGUUUGUAUUUCUCGCAGGGCCUGUGGAAAGAAAGGUGCUUGUGAAUCUACAGGAGUUAGAUGUGGCUCAGGAUAAUCUGGGCAACUAUGGUUUCUUCACUUUGAUUUACAAUCAAGGCUUUGAAAUUGUGUUAAAUGACUACAAGUGGUUUGCAUUUUUUAAGUACAAAACGGAAGGCCAGAAUGUAACCAGCUACUGUAAUGAGACUCUGCCAGGAUUGGUACAUGAUGUACUUGGCCGCAAUUGGGCUUGUUUCAGUGGACAGAAGAUUUUUUCAUCUCCCUCGGAUGUUCACGUAAACGAGCAACCUCUCCAGAAGCCCAGGGGAAGACUUUCAAGCAGACGUUAUGUGCACAACUUUGGCUUUGUAGAUGCUAUCAAUGCUCACCAGAAGUCCUGGAGAGCAACAAGAUAUGAAGACUAUGAGAACUUUACCCUGGAAGAACUAACUAGAAGAGCUGGGGGUCUUUAUUCCAGAGCUCCAAGACUAAAGCCUGCACCUCUAACGCCUGAGUUACUCAAGAAAGUUUCAGGCUUGCCAGAAUCCUGGGACUGGAGAGAUGUGAAUGGUGUCAAUUAUGUCAGCCCUGUUCGGAGUCAAGACCCAUGUGGCAGCUGUUACGCAUUUUCCUCCAUGGGAAUGCUGGAAGCAAGAAUACGUAUCCUCACAAACAACACUCAGAAACCAAUCCUUAGUCCCCAACAGGUGGUGUCUUGCAGCCUCUAUUCUCAGGGUUGUCUUGGUGGCUUCCCAUAUCUCACUGCUGGAAAGUAUGUCCAAGACUUCGGUGUGGUGGAAGAGGACUGCUUCCCGUACACAGCACAAGAUUCUCCAUGCGUUUUCAAGCAUAACUGUUACCGGUACUACACUUCUGAGUACCACUAUGUUGGUGGUUUCUAUGGAGGCUGCAAUGAAGCCCUGAUGAAACUCGAGCUUGUUCAGCAUGGGCCAAUAACUGUUGCCUUUGAGGUUUACAGUGAUUUCAUCCAUUAUGAAGAGGGAAUCUACCAUCACACUGGGCUGAAGGAUGACUUCAAUCCUUUUGAAUUGACCAAUCAUGCUGUCUUGCUGGUGGGCUAUGGUACAGACCCAAAAAGUGGUGAGAAGUUCUGGAUUGUGAAGAACAGCUGGGGCACCUCGUGGGGGGAAGAUGGUUACUUCAGAAUCCGCCGUGGCAGUGACGAAUGUGCAAUUGAAAGCAUUGCAGUGGCUGCAACUCCUAUUCCAAAAUUAUAAGUGCAGAGGUCUUCAUCCAGUGC